GACCGCCUGUAUUCAAUUUGAAAAGGACGCACGUUGACAGGGUCACCACCUGCUCUAGAGACGACACCCUGACAAGGUCAGUCAUGAGUUUUGCCCCAAGCCCGUGUGUCCCAGCAGGUGCACGCAGCAUCCAAGAGCAGCGAGAGCGCUGGGAUAGGAAGAGGAAGUGCACAGGUCGUGAACUGGUCCAGAGUGAACAGAAGUACUGUGAACAGUUAGACCUAAUCACUACAUACUUUGUGGAGAUUCUGAAGGCCAAAGGAACCCUGAGGCAGGACAUUAGAGAGAGCAUCUUCAGUUCAAUUAAAUCCAUUCAUUUAGUAAACCAGACACUACUGACUCACCUGGAGGAAGGAAAGUUUGGUUAUGGCUUUGAGCAGUUCUGCCCUCACCUUCAUUUCUACACUGCCUAUGUCGACAACAUCCAGACUGCGAAAAGGGUUCUGAUGGUGCAGCUGAAGAAAAACAAAGCAUUCAGGAGAUUUAAGAAGCUUCAGGAGUCCAGACCCGAGUUCCAUAAGAUGAAACUCGAAGAUCUGCUUCCUCUUCCCUUACAGCGCAUUCAACAGUACAAGCAUUUCUUGAGGGACUUGACAGAGAACACCAGUCCAGACAACCCAGAGUUUCAACAGCUUUCAAGGGCUGUGAAGGCUGUCUCUGAGGUCGCCCAGCGGAUCCAGGACAACGCCCGCAGCCAUGAGAACCACCUGCAGCUGCGCAGAGUCCAGAAACUGCUCAAGGGCCGAAAGACCAGGCUGCUGGCUCCAGAUCGGUGGUAUGUUCGUGAAGGCUGGCUGAAGACAGUGCCCCCUAAAGGCACGGAAACCAAACCCAAGAUGUUCUUCCUGUUCUCCGAUAUCUUGAUCCAGGCUAAGCCGUGCAGCUCCAUGCACCCGACCAACGGCAACAAGUUUUCCUGCCAGCGAGUCUAUCCUCUCAAGGAGUGCACUGUGGACAAAGUGUUUGGUCACACUAAAAGCCAGGGAGGCCUCAUCAGUUUGACCUUCGCAAGAGCCAAGCUCCUCCUCAUGUCCAGCGAUCAGGAGGACAUUAAUGAUUGGUACCGGAGCCUUUGCCUGGCCGUUGGUCAGUUGAAGUCAAAGAACACUGUGGUGCACAGGAGAGAGGAGCUUCUCCGACAACCCCUCCGCUCAGCCAUGGAUGGCCAGCAGAGUCCAGCAGCCUCCCCGCAACCUCAUGGGCGAAAAAGGGCUAUGGUAAGGGAAGAGGGGCCAGAGGGCAGUCAGAGGCCCUGCAGCAGCAGCUCUAGAGCCCCAGCUGGAGAGUGUGCAGUUAGCACCUCCAAGAAGAUAAAGCUCUCUGAGGCUCCUAAUGCAAGGUCCCAGGAGUCCUCGGGCUCGAGCUGUGUCAUUCUGUGAAGAGAUUCAGAUGCUGCUUCAUCAUUUACCAGAAGAGGCUUGAGACUCAGAUUGCAAAAGCUGGUGGUUCAGCUAACGCAAGACAAAGAGGGCCAAUUUAACCACAUGUGUAACAUUAGAGCUGCCUUUAACUUUACCCAAAGAACGCUGUCUGUAGCUCGUUAUCUGUAACAUUUUAAGAGACAUUUUCUCUGAAAUGUUUUAGUUAAGUCUGUUUGAGUACCAAAGAGCAAAACUAAGGGUUUGUUAACUCCUAGCUGUGUGUACACUUCAGUUUUUAUAUAGAACACUUUUAUUUUCUUGUCUGUGUUGUGUGGUGCGUUACACAUAAUGUUGACUGAAAUGUGUCAAAAGUGCCAAACACAUUUAACCAUAUUACGUACUGCAAAAUUGUACAUAACUUUUAUCUGUGGCCUGUUGCGCAUGUUCAUUUAAAGGGGAAUUUCAGUAUUUGUUAAACAUUUCUGCAUAAGUCAGUUAAAGCAGUAUAAACAGUGUGAUUCAGAGUGGUUUGAUUUGAAAUGCUUUGUUCUGGAGAAACUUAAUAACUCUGAGUUCUUUACAGUGAUGAUGGAAACCAGGGGUCGCAACACAAAUGUCUCCAACACAAAUAUUUUAUUUACUCUCCAAAAUGAGAUUUGGGGGAGAAUAAGAUUUUUCUGAGAUUUGAGUUGUAAUUAGCAUAAUGGUGAAAUAAUAUUAGAUAAAAAAAAAAAAACGCCCUGCGUGUAAACAUUCACUACGAAUGUAUUUAAAAUAUAUAUUUAGGCCUAAACCAUAUCUCAAAAUAUGCAUUGAAUGGUAUAACAGGCAUCAGUGAGUGCAUUUGUAACCAUUUCAUGUAAUAACUCUCUGUGAGGGAGCUUUUAGAAACAUUAAUCUCUUCACAUGUCUGGUACCUAUCACCACCAUGGUGAACAUUUCUGAGUCAAUAAGUUUGUCUAGAAUGGAGCAUUUCACAUCAAACCUUUCCAAAUGACAUUUAUGCAGAGAUUCCAGAACAUCUGUGGAAUUUCCCUUCAACUGCUCAUUUUUAUGAUUACUAGCAACAUACACUCCAUUCCUACAUUACUUUAAUAACACCAAACUGUAUAUCAUGUAUUUAAAGGGUAUGUGUUGGAUAUAUAGUGCAAUAUCUGUGGUGCUGCAUGCAAGAUCAGCAUUUGCUUUAUUUUACUACUGGAAUGGUGGAGGUGGUCUCUGAUAUUGCUAUUGAUUGUAAACAAGCUUUACUGUUUUUUUUUUUUUUAAUGAUUAUAGUUAUGCUCUAUGAUCACUCAUUUUGAUUCUUUGAUUAACCAAACUGAUUUGCAUUCUAUGUGUUUUAUCAUGAUAACAUCUGUAAUGUUUGUCUCUAUUGCUGCUGUUUUUAAUAUAUUUGUCGCACUAUAAUGGGAGAAUUAUUGCUAUUGAAAGCUGUUACACUGGUCAAUAUUAGAUCCACAUUCCUUAGGAAUCAAUAAAAUCUCUAUGGUGAGAGUCCACAGA